AUCAAGGUGACAAACUCAGCUCCGAACUCCGUUACGCUGAAAAGGAACAGUCUUUUUCUCUCCCUUAAUUCUCUGCUUUGUUCCAAGUAAUUGGAAAUUCAAUCAUUCAUGAACAGAUUACAGAUUAUUAUAGCACCCCAAUUGCUCAAAUGGGUUUCUUUACUACGUGCAAAUAGCAAUUUUACACCAUCACAAUCCAAUUUUUAUGGUUAUGGGUCGCAUCGUCUUGCACAUAAAGUUAGGUUGUACGGAACAGAGAGCUCCAUUGAUUCGAAAAAAGGCGUGGGCUUUGGUGGGAGUGGGAAAAAAGGGCGUAUUGUGAGAGCACAAGCACAGUCUGCUUUGGUAGAAUACUUCCAUUUAACUAGGAGUUUUAGGAUCAUGGAUGCUGAGAAUAUGAGCAAGAAUGCCCCUGAGUUUUUCAAUAGGUUGAUGAAGAGAGUGGUUAUAGAUGAUGAUAGCAAGAUUAAGCAUUCUGUGACGCGAUUUUUGAGGUACCAUCCGGUUAAUGAGUUUGAGCCUUUCUUUGAGAGCAUAGGGUUGAAGCAUUCCGAAUACGUGGGGUAUCUUCCUAGGAAUUUGAUGUUUUUGUCUGAUGAUGAGUUGUUAUUGGAGAACUAUUAUGUUCUGUGUAACUAUGGAAUUGAGAGGAAUAGGAUUGGGAAGAUUUUCAAGGAAGCCAAUGAGGUGUUCCAGUAUGACUACGGCUCUCUGCAGACAAAGCUUCGAUCUAUUGAGAAUUUGGGAUUGAGACAAUCUCUUGUUGCCAAGAUUGUCGCCGCAAGUCCUCAUCUUUUGAGGGGAAAUGUUGAUGAAUUUGUUGAGUUUCUGGAAAUGUUAAAUAAGGUGGAGAUUGACCACGAGUGGCUUUUGGAGAAUAUACGCGAGGAGGAUUCUUACAAUUGGAAAUCCAUGUUUCAGCUCAUGUGCUUGUUGUGCAAGUUGGGCUGGAGUGAGAAGCAAGUCGGGGAACUAUUUAAGCAGCAUCCUGAUCUUCUGCUUGAGUGCUCUGGACGCAUUACCUUUGACCUCAUUGGGUUAUUGUUGAAAUUUGGAGCAUCGAAGAGUGAUUUACGCACUCUUUUUCUUCGGUUUCCUCAAAUUCCAGUUUUGAAGUUUACUAAGAAUUUACAUAAUUCCUACAUCUUCCUCUCUGGAAUUGACAUGGCUGCCCUAGAUAUUGGUAAAAUAGUCCGCUCGUAUCCUUCACUUUUGGGUUCCAUUGAACUAAAAAAAGUGAAGAGCAUAUUGAGCCUACUGUGCUGUGGCAAGAACAGGCUCUGUCAAAUGGUCAAUGAUGAUCCGUUCACAUUGAAGGCCUGGGUCCUGGGUAAGAGAGUUGAACCACUGGAGACUGAAAAGAGGGCUGUUAAAAUAAUGGCAUUGAAAACUGAGUUUUUGAUAAGCCUAGGCUUCGAAGAGAAAUCAAAGGAUAUGGAAAAGGCUGUUAAAACGCUUCGGGGCAGAGGAGUGGAACUUCAAGAGAGGUUCGAUUGUUUAGUGAAUAAUGGCCUGAACCGCGAGCAGGCAAUAAAGAUGGUCAGAAUAUCUCCUCAAAUUCUCAACCAGACUCGUGAUGUUAUUGAAAUGAAGAUUCAGCUUUUUUUUGAUGAGUUGGGCUAUCAAGCAUCUGAUUUACUCACUCAUCCAAAAAUUCUCUCUUACACAAUUGAGAGGGUGAAGUUUAGGCUUUUAAUGUACAGAUGGCUUAAAGAUCAAGGAGCAGUGCGUCCCGGUUUGUCCUUGAGCACGCUCUUGGCUACAUCAGAUGAAGAAUUUAUCAAAACUUAUGUAGCUCUUCAUGCUAGAGGGCUUGAAUAUUGGAAAAGUCUGAAUAAAAGGCAUAUCAAGAAAUAAUUUAGUCUCAACUAGCUCUUCUGACGUUGAUGUCCGUAUUUCUAUUAUUGUUGGUAAAAGUGAUCUUGCUCGCAUUGCCUUUGUUAUUCAAGCUGUUAAUGCUAUUUUAUUGCGGCGUUUUAUCUAGAUUUCUAGUCUCCUUUACCACUGUUGGGAGGAAUCGCUUUCACAACAGAUAGAACAGCACCAGCUUCUGUUAGUGUAAACGAAAUAUGCUUCUUCAAUAUACUUACAUGGGCGCCUCACGGUCUUCUGUUAAUGUUGUGUGAUACAGGCAUUCACUUAUUUUACGAAAGAGACUGUUGUUAUGCCUGUAAAGCCUAUGAAACGAGGACAUAUAGAGGAAAGGUGUUUGUAUCUUCUUGAAUUCAUGGCUUCACUGUGUAUUUUCACCAUAUGUGGUUCUUAUUCUUGUAGUGGUUCUCAGAUGUAAACUAGUUAGGCAAAUGAUGAUGAUCUAUUGAAAUGAAGAUUGCUAAAACUUGAAGAUCCA